AUGACUCGCCCCCCGUCGGUGACCCAAGGACAUUGGCACGCCCACCGAUCCGAUCUGGAACCACAACGCCUCCUUCGAUGUCAUUGCUCCGGGCCGAACGAUCCUUAUCUGCGUCUACGACAAGCUCGCACCUCAGGGCGGGUUCCCGGCCCAGGCUUCUUGGGUGCCUCGGUCUUUGAAGCGCCAUUGAGUGCCGAGACGGGUGAAGAUGGCCUAGGUCUGGAUAUUUGGGUUCCGUGAGUCAAUAUAUCGGAGUAACGUGUUCUGUCCGCUGAGUGCUUAUGAGCCUAGCACCUUUACUCGACAGGCUCACGAGUGCGCUCGAUCCCAAUGUGGGUGGAGAAGUUCGCCUGAGGAUCCUGUUCGAGAACCUUCACGUGAGUUUCUACGCUAUCGCAGACUUUGCUGUCUGUGCUCUGCAUACUGACAAACUCUUUUGUGUUCUUGCCUCGCAGCUGAGGCCCAAGUUGACGGUCGACGACUUCCAAGUCUUGCGAAGGAUCGGUCAAGGCAGCUUCGGUCAGGUGUUCCGAGUGCGCAAGAGGGACACCAAGCGUAUCUGUAAGGCCUCUUUAUAAUUACUGUUGUGGUAAGUUCAGGUAUACGAUGCUGAACGUGCCGAACCCACCACCAGAUGCGAUGAAGGUCAUCUCGAAGAAAAACGUCGUUUCGCGUGAGGCGUUGGCCCAAGUCCUUGCCGAACGUCAAGUCCUGGCGCGAACCCUGGAAUCGCCCUUCCUGGUCGGUCUCAAGUUCUCGUUCCAAUCUACUACGGACCUCUUCUUCGUCAUCGAUUACAAGUCAGGUGGUGAGCUCUUUCAGCACCUCCAAAAGAUGGUGGCAGGUUCGAGGAGAGCAAAACCAGGUUUUAUGUAGCCGAGAUCGUUUUGGGACUCGCGUGAGUGGAGCUGCGGCGAUCGUUCGCUGAAAGGCCUUGCUUCUGACUUGGCAAAGUUUCUGAACCGUGUCUUGCUUCAACAGGUAUCUGCACAGCCAGAACAUCGUCUAUCGGGAUCUCAAGCCCGAGAACUGCCUCCUCGACGGCUCCGGCCACGUCAUCUUGUGCGACUUUGGAUUAUCCAAGCUGCUCGACUCACCCGAGGCCACGACUCGCACACUGUGCGGAACGACGGCUUUUACUGCUCCAGAGGUCCUGCUCGACAUCGAGUACAGCUUCUCGUGCGAUUUUUGGUCCCUCGGGUGCCUCGCGUAUGAGAUGUGCUAUGGCUUCUCCCCCUUCUACGCUGAGAACCAAAUCGAAGAGUACGAGCGCAUCCUGUCGGGCGAGAUCAAGAUCCCCGCCAAGAAGGGCUACUCGCCCGAGGGUCGCGAUCUGUUGCAGCGCCUGUUGACGCGUGAACCGAGUGAACGCAUUUCCACCGACGGAAUCCGAUCCCAUGCCUUCUUUGAAUCGAUCGACUGGACCAACCUCGCUCUGCGACAGGUCUCCCCACCGUUCAAGCCGCCGACUCAUGCCGACGAGGACGCAUGCGAUUAUCACGAUCUGGGGAGGUCGGGUCAUUGGAUGUUUGACGAGAUCAGGGGCUGCCACUCGGCGCGCGGCUCGUUGUCGGAAGCGAACGGGAAUGGGAAUAAGACCCCCGACGAGGACGUAGAUGGUUUGUUCAGGAACUUCACCUUCACCGCCAAGGAGAAGGAGAAGGAGAAGGAGAAGGAGAAGGAGAAGGAGCUCGCGAACAAGAUGCUCGUAACGGAGCGCGCGAACGGGACCAAGGAGAAGACGAUCGUUGGUGCGCAAGCGAGGCGGUCAAGCUUUGACCUCAUGCCCUGA